UGGCCAGGAGCGGACGGCGUUCAAGGAAUUCCCCAAAAAACUUUUUCCAACACACCGUGCCGUGUUUGUCUGUUUACUGUCCAACUUCGCCUCCGUCGUCGCCUCCGAAUGUGACAAUAACGGUAACGUCGCCAAGCUGUGUGUGUCGGUGAUGAAGUGGACGCCACUUAACCGCUCGGAAGAAGGAAAGUCGCGAGAGGAAAAACUUCUCAAAUGAUGCUGCAUCCCUCCCUCCAAAGUUCAGCUAAGGUGGCUAACGUUAGCUAGCGCAGGACUCAGCUCGCUAACUCUGAUGUGAACGUUUGGAUACUCGUUUGUUCAUCUUGUCGGAACAAGUUGUGUAGCUACACAUUACUUAAUGGAGUGGAGAAGGGCGUGAGGAUAUCUAACUGAGAGCUCUCAUCCUUGGCUGACCAGGUUACAGUAUCAAGCUAAUCAUCUUUUAGCCAAGUGGAGCUAGCUGAACGACAGCUAGCCAAGUGUCACAUUAAAGUUGACAAGAGUUAGCCUUCUUUAAAGACAAAAUGGCAUGACACAUACUUCCCGUUUACCAGCUGCUCUCCAUCAUUACAAGACUGCAGUAUCUUUUUAAAAAACUUUUCUGGAAACUGAACAAGUCAAUAAAUGGAGCAGCAGAAAGCUACAACUUGAGAUUAGAAAGGACAAGAUAAUCACCCUCAUGACCAUAUAAUGAGAAUAACGGACCCGGAUGUACUUGCUCUCAUCAUUACCACCUCGAGUUGUUGGCUGUAAAGUAGGAAGGAAUGGUGAUUAACAGCUUUAGUAAAGAGCUCCACUGACUCUGGACCACUCUGGCAAUCUGUGUCCUUUUUUGAAGAAGUUGGUUUGAGUGACAUCACAUCCCUGACUCUUUAUCAACACUUCCUGGGUGAGCGUACUGCAGCUUGGAGACCCACACCCUGAGGGACCGCACCUUGGAUCAGGGUUCGAGAGUGCUACGCGAUGAAGGUUACGGUGACAUUUGGGCAGACCGGUGUGGUGGUGCCCUGCAAGGAGGGCUGGACUGUGAGGGACCUCAUCCAGCAAGCCACGCAGAGAUACAGAAAACUCCUGGAACAGGAAGGAGACUUCCUGGUUCGGACUCACCACGUUGAGUACUGUGACGGGGGGAUUCUGGACCCCGAUGACAUCCUCAGUGAUCUGGUAGAAGACAAGGACAAGCUGAUGGCUGUGUAUGAGGAGCAGGAAGCCCAGCAGAGGGGCGUGGCCAACACGAGGCCGGCCCCCAGCCCCGACCUCCACCAGUCUGAGCUCUCCGUCUUCCAGCCCGUCGCGGGGGGAGAGAUUGAAGUCAACUCCUCGGCCCUCAAGACCAACACCCCCCUGUUGGUGAGAAGCAGCAGUGACUCAGCCCUCAGCCCCCAGCCGACAGAGACCGGACCCUCCCUCAAUCAGGAGGCCGUCGGGAUGGCAGCCGGUCCCACUGUGGAGAGGCAGGCCGGGGUCGACCGACUCCAAGGCAAACUCACCUUCAACGGCAGACAUACCUUAACCUCCCUUCCUCUCAUUGCUCGCUCUCCUGUCAGGUCUCUGGGCCUGUACGUCCGCGGCAUAGAGGAGGACAGUCGCUCACGAAAGGAGGGCUUGUUUCAAGAGGACGAGUGCAUCGUGAUGAUCAACGGCACCGACCUCAUGGACAAGACAUUCAGCCAAGCCCAGGAAGUGUUCCGUCAGGCAAUGCGCUCCCCGGUUGUCCGCUUGGAAGUAGUUCCCUCCGUCAACAGACAACGCUAUGAGAAGAGUCUGAUUGGUCAGCUUUUGGGCAACAGCGCCGGUCCCGACAGCAGCCCCCGAGUCGCCAAGACCAAAGAGCCACCUCCACCCGUCAAAGCCAAGCCCGCGUUCAAGCCCGCGUUCAAGCCCCCUGAGAAUCCACCCACGCGAUUGGCCGAGGGCGCUGCCUCCACGGAAGCUGCUGUUAAUACACCCAAGGGGAGGAGUGAGAGCCCCCUCCUCAAGAAAAGUCCUGCCCUCUCCAGCCUGGUGACCAAUAAGAGAGGAGGACGAAGGUUGAGGAUCGAUCUCAAGAAAGGCUCAGAAGGUCUUGGCUUUACCGUAGUAACCAGAGAUUCUUCAGUCCACGGCCCCGGUCCUAUUCUCGUCAAAAACAUUCUGGCACGAGGAGCUGCUGUCAAAGAUGGACGCCUGCAGUCUGGAGACCGCAUACUUGAGGUCAACGGUGUGGAUAUCACAGGUGUGGGCCAGGAGGAGCUGGUGUCCAUGCUGCGCAGGACGCGGCAGGGAGAGAGCGUGUGUCUGGUGGUCCUACGGCAGGAAGACAUGUUCCUGCCCCGAGAGAUGGUAAGAACCAAUCACAACGCUGUAUCCUCAGCCAAUGAAACAACAUGUUCGAGUCGAUUUGCAGGUCUGGUUUCUUUUUUAGUGAUUGUGUCCUCCCUGUUUCAGGAUCAACACGGGGCGUCACCCAAUCGCUCAUUUGACAGCUCCUCUGGUCUGUCGGGCCCGGUGGGUCCAGUGAACGGCCUGACGAACGGUCCCAGUCACUCUCCCAUGGUGAACAACACUCUCUAUGCAUCUAAUGCGACCAAUGGGAGUUAUUCUUACAUGGACGAGGAAGAGGAGGGGGAGCUGUACGGACACGAAACAGAGUUCAGCGGCUCGGCCCAACACUCCUAUCUACAGGAAAGAGAUAACCGUCGCACCUCCAGCCCGGCCCAGCCCCAGUGUCCUACCCAGAACCAGAGCCAGCGGCAGUUCCAGCACGUGAAAGCCUCGAAGAGCAUGGACCUGGGUACGACUCAGAACCAGCAGCACACUGUGGCGGAUGAGAGCAACGUCGGAUCACUGGCUGCAAACUCUGCAGCUCCAUCGACUCCUGUGGAACUCGGCCCCACCCUCGGCCUGAAAAAGUCCAGCUCCUUGGAGAGUCUCCAGACGGCCAUGUCAGAGGUUAACAGAAAGAACGAACUCCUCCCCUUCCAUCGACCUCGCCCAAAUAUGGUCAGAGGAAGAGGCUGCAACGAGAGCUUCCGAGCAGCAAUCGAUAAGUCCUACGAUGGGCCGCCUGAAGAAGAUGAAGAUGACGGUUCAGAGCCGAGUUCAGGCCGGGACACCCCUGCAAGUAGUUCAUCCCGUCAGGGAUUGGAGGAUCGGACAGAAGAGAAAGGCAAAAAAGACAAGAAAAAGAAACCGAAAACUAAGAAGAAGGACAAGAAUAAGGGGAAAGGAAAGGAGAAGGAGAAAAAGAAAGCAGGGGAGCCUGAGGAGACGGAGAAGAAGAGCAAGAAAAUAGGCUUUGGCCUGCUACGAUUCGGGAAGAAGAAAGAGGAGAAAAAGGAGGCGAAAGCAGCUCUGCAGCGGCAGAAGUCGGACAUUAUGAGUGAUCAUGAGUUCGAGAGGAUGAAAGACGAGAGGGAAAGGAUCGAGGCAGGGCACCCCGAGCUGAGAGAGCACCGGCUCAGAGACCAGCAGGGUGGCGGCGUGGCGGCGUAUCCAGAUGACGAAGAUGACGACACGGACCCCAACUAUGCCCGAAUACAAUCCUUCAGGGACCGAGAUAUGGGUCCAAUGCCGCAGCCACCUCGCAGCCAGUCUCAGUCGCCACCCUACAGCACAGUUCAGCACGGCCAUGUGGGCACCCCUUCCCCCCAAGGCCCCUCUGCCUUUCCAGGGCAUGGGAAUCACGGUAACGACCCUGGAGCCAUCCCUGAUGAUGACCCCCUUGACAGGCUGUACGCCAAAGUCAACAAACCCAGAGGAGCUGGACCCACAUCGCCUCCUGUUCCUGCUACCGCCAAUGACGGUGCGGACAGGAUCCAGCAGCUACGAAGAGAAUACCAGCAGGCUAGGAGAGAAGGAGUGGUAGUGCCGCCGUAUGAAGAACUGGACCCACGACGCAGAGGACAUGAAAAUGAAGCACCGAGGAUGCCAGGCAGAGGGCCUGAUCACCGGUUGGCACCGCGUUAUGAAGAAGUGGAACGUCAGUAUGCCUCCCUACCAAGACGAGGUCCUUUGGAUGCGACUGACUACUCCAUGCAGCCCUGGUCAGGCCAUUACCCCGGACCGCCCCAGGCCCCACAGGGGUACCCUCAGUCCCCCUCCUACCCGAACCCCAUCCCCCAGUCUGCCCCGUCUUACCCCGGCUACCCACCCGGUCCACCAUACGCACGGCCAGGAGACCCUCGGGGCGUCGACCCCGGGUACUAUCCCCACCCAAGCUCCCAGCAGAGAGGCCCCUUGCGGCAGGACGUUCCCCCGUCUCCUACCCCUCCGCUUCGUGGACUACGGUACGACACUAUGACGCGUGGAACCGCGGGUGGAGGUUACAGGCACCUGGUGGAUCCCAGUCCAGACCAGUACGUCUAUACUGGGGAGGGAGGGCGACAGCAACAGCAACACCAAACCAACCCAAGACAGAAGAAUGCCAUGACUGCAGCCGUGUAGACGAACCCGGUCCAGAGAUGAAAACGAGCCGAAUGCGAACUGCUCUGUGUUGUGCAGCUCUUCUGCUCGCGGUACUCCAAUGAAAUAGAGUUGAAACCUCUUAAUGCUGCGAUUUGAAUCACCAUCAAACACUGUCUGCACUGUUUGAAGUAUAUGGUAAUACACAGACAAGCAAGGUAAAGGAGGUUAAUUCCAGAGUGGCCGGCGUGAGGCAUAAUGUCUUGUUGUUUGAAGUCAUUUAAAUUGCUUUGAGUCUUCCCGCAGUAUAAAAUUAGCAGGGGUUUUACUUGUCACUGUGCUCUGAUUAAGUCGUCUCUUUCAAGAAGAGCCACAAAGAUAAUUAGAUCUAUUUAAAUUAAGGCUCUACACACUCAUGUUGUACCUGGUUUUACUG